AUGAAACAUUGUAUAUUAAUAAAAUAUUGUUGUUUAGAUGAAAAAAGCAAGACAUUGAAACGGGGAUCUAUUCCAACCAUAAAUCUACCCAAGAAAUCGCACGAAGAAUCGAAGCCUUCGACAUCAAGGCGGAUUAUAGAAAAGAAAGAGUUGGUGCCUUCUAAAGUUUAUAAGGACAUAAACGAUUUGAAAUCGAAGGUUUCCAAGCUUGGAUUGACGGGUUGGUCUCGAAAGUUUGAUGAAAAUACAUUCAGCUUAGAUUAUUUUGAUGGCAAGCAUGCACUACCACUCUACACUCUGAAGGUAGAUUCUGGUCUUGGCUUUACUGUUGCAGCUUUUGGUUGGUUUUUGCCAGAAAAUCACCACAUUUACCUGGAACAUAAACACUCAGUGACUUAUGUAUCAGUUGCAUCACUGAUAACUGAGAUAAGGAAUCUUUAUGUUUGCCCUGGCCUGCCACUAACCGACUCCACCACCACUCUACUACAUGUAACCGACCCUGUUGAUGGUGUAUCUGAAGUGACAAGGCACACUGUUCCGCUUUGUCAGGAAGUAUACUGUGACAAAGAUACACCAUACCAGGUGUCACUUUACCUGCGAUCAGCUGAUUGUCUUAUGCUGCAAACGUCUGGCGAGGAUGCUUGUGAUAACUGUUCCAAGGUCCUUGCGUCAGAAGUUAAAAGACAAAAGCAGUCUGUUAUCAAAAAAGCAACAUCAUUGAAAGAGAAAGCUCCUUUAUCUGGUUCUAGCAAAGAACGAUUAAUUGCUACCAUACAGCAACAGCGUAUCGAGGCAAAGGGUCUGAAAGAUAGACUUUCAGGUUUGGAAAAGGAGAUAAACUUGAAUAGCAUCACUGUCAAUGAAUCUCUUGAGGGUGACAUCCUUAAUAUUUUGGGCAAUGCUGACUUGAAGAAAACACCACACAUGGACUUUUUCUGGCAGCAGCAAAAGAAAUUACUUUCCUCCCCAAAGUUUGGCAGAAGAUAUCAUCCCCACCUGAUUCGCUUUUGUCUCUCUAUUCAUGCCAAAUCUCCAUCUGUGUACAGAGAACUGUCAUCAUCCGGUGUCUUGGUUUUACCAAGUGAAAGAGUCCUUCGUGAUUACAGGAACUUUUUCAAGGACUCAACAGUAAGAAUAUUGAAACAGCAAAGUUUCUGA